GAGCAAGAUCGAAUAAUAGCACACGUAACGAAAUCGCCCGUGUAUCGGUCUAAAUUCAUUGGUUCAAUUGUGGACGUUCCAGUUGCGUUGCUGUUACGUCAUGGACCAUUGGAUGUGGAAGUUUGUGAAGCCGUACCAAAAAUUCGAUUGCUCGGCUAUCCAGUAUCGUUGUCAUUUAUCGUCGACACAACAAAAGUGAAUCCUGCUGAUUUGUGUUUCGAUGGACUCGGUAUGUUGUUUUCAUGUUCUUUUCUUCGAUGA